CCGCCCAGAGACUGCAGCUCCCAGCGUGCUUUGCGUGGCUCAGCGUUCUCCUAUGGGAUCUGUAGUCUGAGCACCAUACCCAGCGCCGCGUGCGCCCCCAACGCGCCUUAGCCGCGGGCCCCAGCUGGGCGCCACGCUACGAAAGCGGCGUAAGGCUGGUUGGGUCGGCGGGGCAGGGCAAGCUGGCAGUACGGAGGAGGCGUAAGACUGCGGGGGGCCGGGCUCUCCGCGGCUGAGGCACGGGAGGCCGUCGGAGCUGCGCGGACGGUCACCCUCCCCGUAGAAGUUGUGGGUCAGCCGACUGAGGGGCCGCGCCCGGCCGCGGGCGCUGAAGUAAGCGCCACCGGCUCGCGGAGCCAGCAGCCUGUCUCCAGUGUGGGCACUCCUCUCUCCAUGCUCCCGUUGUUGGUGUGCAGUUGGCCAGAGGGGACCAGGCCUGGCUCUCAGCGUGGCCACUGUCCGUGGGGCCAUGGGGAGUUCCCCCUCCUCCCUGGCCGCCGAAACCGAGUCGGACCAUGGCUUUCCCCGGGGUCCCCCCUACUCGGGGCCCCCAGCAGCAGCUGGCUGGUGUAGGAGUGGCCCCGGGGGGCCUGUCUGGGGAAGUGCCCUGGUCACCAGACAGCACACACGGCCCCCCCGGGCCCGAAGCCACACACACUCGACUGGGUCUAUGGCCACAAUCGGGGAAUGGUCCUGUGCGCGCUGCACCUUCUUGAACCCAGCUGGCCAGCGCCAAUGCUCCAUCUGCGAGGCCCCCCGGCACAAGCCUGACCUUGACCAGAUCCUUCGGCUCAGCGUAGAGGAACAGAAAUGGCCCUGUGCUCGCUGCACAUUCCGGAACUUCUUAGGCAAGGAGGCCUGCGAGGUGUGCGGCUUCACCCCAGAACCCAUGCCUGGGGCCUCCCUACUGCCCAUUAUCAAUGGGGUCUUACCGAAGCCUCCCACUGUCCUGGUUGAGCCAAAGGGAAGCUGCAAAGAAGAGGCAGACCUGGUACAGACUGUGGGGCUGGUGGCCCUGGAGCCUGCCAGGGAGUGCCUCGAGAACGUGGGGAAAGAGCAGGAGCAUGAGGAGGAGGGGUUCGAGCUGAGGAGUGGAUGGGCUUGCCAGCGCUGCACCCUGCACAACACACCAGUGGCCAGCUCCUGUUCUGCCUGUGGGGGGCCCCGGAAAUUGUCACUACCUCGGAUCCCCCCAGAGGCCCUGGUCGUCCCUGAGGUUGUGGCCCCUGCAGGCUUCCAUAUUGCUCCAGCCCCUCCCCAGGCUGACCUCCCUGGGAGAGGUACAGAGGCUGACCCUCCCUCUACCAGCCAAGGUCCCACUUCCACUGACCAGGAGCCCCCUAAGGUACUAUCCUUCAGCCCCUUCUCACCCACCCUGCAGAACAAUCCCGUGCCCCGAAGCCGCAGGGAGGUCCCCCCACAGCUGCAGCCCCCUGUGCCUGAGGUUGCUCAGCCCUCGCCCUCUGCCAGCUCCAAGGGGCCCUCCAUUACCCAGGGCUCAGGCCGGGUAGUUGCUGGGGCCUCCCGCCUGACAGAGCUGCUGUCAGGCAAGCGGCUGAGUGUGCUUGAAGAAGAGGGCCCAGAGCGUGGCCCUGCCCCCUGUGAGGCCUGCAGUGACAUCAUUGAUCUGGCUGGAGACACAGUGCGCUACACACCAGCCAGCCCCUCCAGCCCUGACUUUACCACCUGGUCAUGUGCCAAGUGCACGCUCAGGAACCCCACCGCAGCCCCUAGGUGCUCAGUAUGUGGCUGUUCCAAGCUGCAUGGCUUCCAGGAGCACGGCGAGCCCCUCACGCACUGCCCGGACUGCGGCUCUGACAAGUCUAGCCCCUGUGGUGGCUGUUGUGGACGCGCCCCACCAGUGCACAAGGCCUCCCGUCUCCUGCCUGAGCGCCAGGGCCAGUGGGUCUGCCCUGCCUGCACCCUGAUCAACACGCCCCCGGCCAAGCACUGUGUGGCCUGCCACACCCCCCAGGUCCUGGUGACCCAGCGCAGGGGCACUGCACCCCUGAGACGCAGGGAGAGCAUGCAUGUGGAGAAGCGGAGGCAGACAGAUGAGGGUGAGGCCAAAGCACUCUGGGAGAACAUCGUGGCCUUCUGCCGGGAGAACAGCGUGAGCUUUGUGGAUGACAGCUUCCCCCCUGGGCCUGCGUCUGUGGGCUUCCCAGUGGGCGACAGUGUCCAGCAGCGUGUGAAGCAGUGGCUGCGGCCCCGUGAGAUCAACUGCUCUGUCUUCAGGGACCACAGCACCCCGUGGUCAGUCUUUCACACCCUCCGGCCUUCAGACAUCCUCCAGGGCCUGUUAGGGAACUGCUGGUUCCUGAGUGCACUGGCAGUGCUGGCCGAGCGGCCUGAUUUGGUUGAGCGGGUGAUGGUCACGCGUAGCCUGUGUGCAGAGGGAGCCUACCAGGUACGCCUAUGCAAGGAUGGCACGUGGACCACAGUGUUGGUGGACGACAUGCUACCAUGUGACGAGGCUGGCUUCCUCCUCUUCUCCCAGGCACAGCGGAAGCAGCUGUGGGUGGCUCUCAUCGAGAAGGCGCUGGCCAAGCUGCACGGCUCCUACUUUGCCCUCCAGGCAGGGCGCGCCAUUGAAGGCCUGGCCACACUCACCGGCGCCCCCUGCGAGAGCCUGGCGCUGCAGGUCAGCUCCACUAACCCCCGCGAGGAGCCCGUUGACACUGACCUCAUCUGGGCCAAAAUGCUGAGUUCUAAGGAGGCUGGGUUCCUCAUGGGUGCCUCCUGUGGGGGAGGCAACAUGAAGGUGGAUGAUGCUGCCUAUGAGAGUCUGGGCCUGCGCCCUCGCCAUGCUUACUCCAUCUUGGAUGUCCGUGAUGUCCAGGGCUCCAGGCUCCUGCGGCUCCGGAACCCCUGGGGCCGUUUCUCCUGGAAUGGCAGCUGGUCAGAUGAGUGGCCACACUGGCCAGGGCACCUGAGAGCUGAACUCAUGCCACAUGGCAGCAGUGAGGGUGUCUUCUGGAUGGAGUACAGUGAUUUCAUCAGGUACUUUGAUUCCGUGGACAUCUGCAAGAUACACUCAGACUGGCAGGAGGUGCGGGUGCAGGGAAGCUUCCCCAGCACAGCCAGUGGGCCUGUAGGAGUGACCGCACUCACCGUGCUGGAGCGAGCCUCGCUGGAGUUUGCGCUCUUCCAGGAGGGUAGCAGGCGCUCAGACACAGUGGACAGCCACCUGCUGGACCUCUGCAUCCUGGUAUUCCGAGCCACCUUUGGCAGUGGCGGCCGCCUGAGCCUGGGCCGCCUCUUGGCCCACAGCAAACGCGCAGUCAAAAAGUUUGUGAACUGUGACAUCAUGCUGGAGCCUGGCGAGUAUGCCGUAGUGUGCUGUGCCUUCAACCACUGGAGCCCUGCCCCAGCAGGGCCACCCACUGCAGCUCAGGCCUCUAGUCCUUCGGCAGGAGUGCCCCACGCUGCCCCUGAGCCACCUGGCCACGUGCUCGCCGUGUACAGCUCCAGGCUAGUCAUGGUGGAACCAGUAGAAGCACAGCCAACCACACUGGCAGAUGCCAUCAUCCUGCUUACAGAGAGCCGGGGGGAGCGCCAUGAGGGCCGGGAGGGCAUGACCUGCUACUACCUGACGCAUGGCUGGGCAGGCCUGAUUGUGGUGGUGGAGAACCGGCACCCCAAGUCUUACCUGCACGUGCAGUGUGACUGCACAGACAGCUUCAAUGUGGUGUCCACGCGUGGCAGCCUGCGCACCCAGGACAGCGUGCCUCCCCUGCACAGGCAGGUUCUGGUGAUACUGUCCCAGCUGGAGGGCAACGCUGGAUUCUCCAUCACCCACCGCCUGGCACACCGCAAGGCGGCCCAGGCCCUCCUCAGUGACUGGACAGCCUCCAGGGGCACCCACUGCCCCCCCCUCACUCCUGAGGUUGCUGGCCUACAUGGGCCCCGGCCGUUGUGACCGCCACAUCCUGGGAUGGGCUGUGUGCAUACCACCCCCUCCCCCCCUCCAUGUGCACUUUAUGAGGGAGACCCCAAAGGAGGAUGCUUGAACCAGAAUCUCAGGACCCCACCCAGGGAGCUGAUAUCUGCAGAGCACAGCUUCCCUGGGCCUUCCCUCCCCCCUUCCUCUCCCCUCCCUCCCCAUUCCUCUUAUCCCACCCUGGGCAUCUCAGUUCCCUGGCCAGGCUUCCCAGCCACCAAGCAGAAUACCUCGAGCCAGAUGGGCUGCAUGCCCUCCCCUUCCACCUUCCAGCCCUGGAGACAGCUUCAGGCAUCAGAGCCAGGCUGGGCUGCCCCUCCCUGUGAGCAUGGCAGCCAGGAUCUCUGUUCACAGAACCAAAUCGGGGCCCAAGCUAAGACCUAGCAAGAGCUGAAACUUCCCUUUGUGGGGCUCAAGGUCCAUGGCUUCUUGCCUCUGUUUACCCAAGCCCAGCUCCCUGCCCUCACAAGGUGAGCGGGUUCCCUGGAGCCCUGUCACAUGAGCAGCACAUUCCAGGAGCAGGUACCUGAUGGCCAUAGGCCAACACUUGGGGACAGAAGGCCUCCUCCAGCUGCCUCUCCUGUGACACUAUGCAACUCCUGGAAUGCCUGCCAGGACUGAAGCCAUGACCAGGUUGGGGGCUGGGGGCCAGGCCCAGCCCUGCUGCCUAGAGAGGUGCUUUGUCCUUAGCGCCUCUGACCAUGGUCAAGUGGGCUAAGAUUCAGUAGAGCCCUGAGCCAAUCCAAUCCUAUGACCUUGGCCAUCCACAGAGAAGGACCCCCCACCCCAGGCACAGCAGGGUCCCAAGGCACAAGCAGGCUCAGCAGCUCCCCUUGCCUAUCCCAGCAAGAAGACCAGGAAGCUGAGCUGCCCACCUGCCCAGUGUCCCCCAGCUGCUUGUUGAGGCCAAAGUCCUUGUCUGCCACAUGGGCACCUGAGUCCAGCUUCCUGAGCCUCCUGCCCUGCUGUCACUGUCCUGUACCCCCAGCCUGCCCACAGCCCUCCCUAUGGGGGCUCGCAGUAUUUUUACACCUAGAGAAACUUCCCUUUCCCCACUGGGCCCCCUUUUACUCCGAGCUGUGAAUAUUUUUAACACUGUAAAUACAGCCAGCUCUUCGGACACAGAGACUAUUUUAUCAGCUGCCAGCCCCUUCCCUGUUCUGAUGACUCCAUGGGCGGUUUCCACUCAGGCUCCAAGGACCAAAUAAAAGCAUUUUGUUUUGUA